AUGGGGGUUUACAACCAAAUGCAUCUUGGGCAUAGUGGCAAAAGAAACAACAACGACAACGAUUUUUCAACACCCACCAACAAGUCCUUAGCAUCAUCAUCAUCAUCAUCAUCACCACCAUCACUAUCGCCAUCUAAUGCCAUUGAACUAACCAAUCUUGAUACGACAAAUACUUCCAGCAAUACCCAUACCGCUAUGUCGACUACGUCGAAUUUAUUGCAUGGAGAGGACUACGAAUCCGGAUCCGAAGAUUACGACCAAAGUUCAGUUUCAUUCAAUUACCCCAAUGAAAGAUCCAAAGGCGCCAUGGACAAGAUCCGUUUGUUUUUCCGUAAGGUAUGGGAAGGACCAAGGGAGCCAAGGGAUGAAUAUGCACCACGAAUCCAGCUGCUAUCUUAUUUGGAAGACUUGCCCGUCAAAUUUAAAAGUCGAGUGCCACUUACUUAUAGAAGAUUAAUGCUCACGGCGUAUUUAUUGUUCUGGUUUGGUCUAUGCUAUGCUAUACUUGUUCCAUACCUUACUGUCCCCCCGAGCUCCAAAUUAAACCCACACACACAUAUCUAUUCCCUUUCGUGUUCUGCGCUGCAAGACUUUUGGAUCGGGAAAAAUGCCGCUUGUGGAAUGAAUGGUGAAUUGUGUCCCGACGUCACCAAACAUUUAGCUAGUCCCGAUGAUGAUAUUAUUAUUCGAUGUCCUGCGUUAUGUGAUCGUGGAAGCUGGACGUAUUCGCUCUUGCCAAUUGGCGACCAGCGAAUCAAACAUCGAGGAUACUUUAUUGGUGGCGGUGAUGCAUUCAAAAAUAAAGAACACAAGACUUUGAAAUCUUAUGAUCAAAACCAAUUGACGAACCCAUAUAGAGCAGAUUCGUAUCCGUGUGGAGCAGCAGUGCAUGCUGGAUUGGUUUCGCCAUUUUGGGGAGGAUGUGCAAGGAUAUCAUACAAGAGUGGAGCACAACCAUAUUUCAACUCAACAAAAGGCAAGUAUGGUGUGGAUCCGUCUAUUUCAUUUGACUCGUUUUUCAAAUCUUCGUUUUUUUUCAAAAAAUUGGGGAUAAGCCGAGGUCAAACCCAAAAGGAGCAGGGUCAUGAGCAAUAUGAUACUUUUACUGAGUGCAACGAUCCAAGAAUGAUCAUUUUACUCAUCAAUGUUGUUUUGGGCCUACCGAUCAUAUACUUGGCAAGCGGUGCAGUUGCAUAUUGGAUUUUAACAAUUGUUGGGUUCUGGACAAUCUGCUUAGCCACAGACCCGCCGCUUAAUGUUGAUGCUGUGAAUCCAGAAGAUUUUGCAUACUUGAUAUCAAUUGGGUUGGAACGUUUUCUUCCUACUUGUUCAAUUUUGUACAUAUUAUGGCACUUUUCAACAAAGCGAACACUCCUGGAACCUAAACUACCAGGUUCGCUAGAUUCGAGGCCAUUGGGUCCAGAGUUUAGGCUUCAAGAGCCAUAUUUAGAGUCAACAGAUCAGAAAAUAUCCUAUAUGAGUCGGGUGUUGCUAUUCUAUCCUUUGUUCUGGUUGGGUAUAUUGAACAACGUCACUUUUGAUAGAUUACCAGUCGAUAGACUCACUAUCAGUGAUUUGAAGGAGCAACCAGGCGCUUUGCUAUCCGUCUCCUGUAUUAUUUUCACAAUUGCAACGUGUGCCGUAAUUCAAGCAUACAAGAUCUGGCUUUCCGGUAGGUUUAGGAAAUACUUAUUUGUCUACUCCAUCUUUGUUGUUGGGUUAAUUUUUCUCGCACAAUUGCCGGGCCUCACUUUGCGUGUGCACCACUAUAUUCUUGCAAUGUUGUUGAUACCAGGCUGUGCAACUAGAGGGAGAACUGCAUUGAUGUUUCAAGGUAUCCUAUUAGGAUUGUUUUUAUCUGGAGCGUCAAGAUGGGGGUUAGCAGCAAUUGCAGAAACUAUAGCCUCGCUCAAGAGAGAUGAUCCACAAGGAAAUAUCGUGCCUCCAUUGUUUACUGGUUACAACAACGAGUCCGGAUUAUUGAAUUGGGUGGACCCCAUUAAUAAUGGAACAGUUAAGAGGACUGCAUACCAGAAUAAGUUUACUUCUAUUUCAUUACUAAUCAACGAUAUUGAAGAGUAUGUUCUGGAUGGCUUGGCCAGUAUGGGCACAACGACUAAUGACCCCACCAUUCCUCCUGUGAUUGAUAUUAAAAGCAUUCUUACGAAUUCAACAUCUUCGAUAUAUAAUUGGGUUCAAGAUACUUUACAAAAUGGCAUAAAAGAUGAGAAUGGUAAUAUUGCGAUUUAUCUCCGUGUCGGCAGGAAAAUACCCAAUACCAAGAUCUACAGUGACUAUUCUAAUGCUGCCGUGUUGAAAUGGCCAAGUGGUGAAUUGGUUUUGCCGGUGCCUGGUUUGACUUGA